GGGUGUUGGAAGAUAUCUCAUCUGCUCCUGACACACUCACACACUCACACACACAGACUCACACACACUCGUCUGAAGGAUCCUCAGCAUCGGACCGGAUCCCACUGCUCUCCUGGACUCACACACUGAAGAUUCAGGACGUUUCCGGGCCAAAGAAGAGACAGAGAGACGGAGGGAGAAGAGUUUAUCAGCUUUAUCCUGAAGUUUCUCUUUGUCCUGUAGAGACACUGACCCCAGACCUGUUAACAAAAGGAGUCUGUGAUCUGCAAUGUUGCCCCACACAACCCGCCGGGUCACUCUGCUAAUGAUGGUCGUAUCCUGCCUGCUGAUUGGCUGGGGAACCUGUCAAUCAAACUCAUCCAACAGCUCUCAUCUCUCUGAUGAGCACGAGUCCCCGGGGUGGAACCGCGUGACCUCUGACCCCAGAUCUGCCCGGGGCCGUCCACCGGCGUGUCUGAGGAGGACGUCUAUCGAGGGAUUGUUCAAGUACGUGAACACGGUGCUGUCGUGUGUGAUCUUCGCGGUGGGAAUUCUGGGAAACGCGACGCUUCUGAGGAUCAUCUACCAGAACAAGACCAUGAGGAACGGGCCGAACGCCCUGAUCGCCAGCCUGGCCCUCGGGGACCUCGUCUACAUCGCCAUCGACAUCCCCAUCAACCUCUACAAGCUGCUGGCGAUGCGGUGGCCCUUCGACGACAGUGUGUUCGGCCUGUUCCUGUGUAAACUAAUGCCGUUCCUGCAGAAAACAUCAGUGGGAAUCACAGUUCUCAAUCUGUGCGCGCUCAGUGUGGACAGGUAUCGCGCGGUGGCGUCGUGGAGUCGCGUGCAGGGCGUCGGGAUCCCCGUGUUCACGGCGCUGGAGAUCGUGUGUAUCUGGACGCUGGCGGCGGUGCUGGCGGUCCCGGAGGCCAUCGGGUUCAAGAUGGUCAGUUUCGAAUAUAACAACAUCACCAUCAGAACCUGCAUGCUGAAGCCGGAGACGCCCUUCAUCACGUUCUACAGGGACGUGAAGGUCUGGUGGCUGUUUGGCUUCUACUUCUGUGUGCCGCUGGUGUGUACGGGCGUCUUCUACACACUGAUGACCUUUGAGAUGCUGAGCAACAGGAAGGGCAGUCUGAAGUUCUCACUGAGCGAACACCUCAAACAGAGGCGUGAGGUGGCUAAAGCGGUGUUCUCUCUGGUGUUGAUCUUCGCUCUCUGCUGGUUUCCGCUUCAUCUGAGUCGAAUCCUGAAGAAAACGGUUUAUUUCCAGAACGACGUCGGCCGCUGCGACCUGCUGAAUUUCCUGUUAGUGUUUGAUUACCUGAGUAUCAAUCUGGCCACCAUCAACUCCUGCAUCAAUCCCAUAAUCCUCUACUUCGUCAGCAAGAAGUUCAAGAACUGCUUCAGGUCGUGUUUGUGUUGCUGGUGUUAUCCGAGUGGCUCGUUGUUAAGCAGUGUCGUGCCUCUGAACGGGACCAGUUUCCAGUACAAGAACCCGGAUCACAACGGCUUAUCGGACCGAACCGCACUGCGCAAGGACAGCUACAACUGACACACACACACACACACAAACACAAACUCUCACACUAUUUCACCUAAAGUCAUCCAGCGUGAGGAUGAAAUAUGAAUAUAGGGCCUAUAUUUAUGUAAAUAAUGCGACUGCACUGAUUAACUGUGCCUAUUAUGACAAAGUGCAUAUUUUUAGAUUUUGUAAAAAAUCAUUUUCAUUGUUUUGUUUUGUCAAUAAACUUAGA